CUACUUCUAUGUGUUGCAGCAGCAGGAGGAGGAGGAGGAGACGUCCCUCUCCCAGUGACUGGCCGUGUAGGGGAGACUGUCACACUGACACCCCGUCUGACUCUGACAGAUCCCAUUGAUAGAGUCACAUGGAUGUUUCAUGUCAAUGGGAAGAGAAUAAUCCUGGCUGAAUUCAGAGACCGGAAGUUUAUCAGAGAGAAUGGGAAUUAUUUCCCCAACCGGCUGGAAGGGUCUAACAGUGGCACCGCAUUACUGAUCAGGGAGCUGAGAAUGGAGGAUUCUGGGAUCUUCACUGCACUAAUUCUUGUUAAUGGAGAAAUGAGAGACAUUUCUUAUAAUCUCACUGUGUUGGAGCCUCUCCCCAUCCCUACACCAGUAAUAGAGAAGACAUUAGAUGGGAAUUCCACUGAUCUCUGCCAUCUUCAUUGUUCUGUCCCAUCAAACUCACCAACCCUGUCCUACAGUUGGACCUACAGAGAUACUGGCACUGACAGACUAUAUGCCAAUGGCAGCACAAUCACUGUAUCACUGAAGGAUAAGGCAUUGGGGGCAGAAUUUACCUGCUGGGUACAGAAUCCUGCUCACAGGAACAGCACAUCCUUCCCUUUAUAUCCAUGUGGGUAGGCACAGACAGAGGGA